UGACUGAGUCACAUCGCUGGAAAUGAGAACCCAUUCUGUUGGCACAAGUCGAGACAAACAGUCGAACAUUUCGCAUCGCUUAGAAAUCUCAUCUUUAUCUCAGUUGUCAAUACCUACAGGAAAUCAUGUCGAACUUGACGUUGAUCAACGUCUUUAUCGUGUUAUCAGUAGCCACGUAUUUGGUCGUCGCCGAACAAUCAAACGUUCGAGCUGAACGACCAGACUUUUGUUUACUCCCGGGCACGUUGCCGGGUGAAAAGAAAUGCAAAGGAUACAUCAAGAAAUGGACUUUCGACGCAACAGAAGACGCCUGCGUCUCCUACAUUUAUGGUGGAUGUCACGGCACUAAGAAUCUCUUUGACACAGAAGAGGAAUGUAAAGCUGCUUGUCCGUCAUCGGGCCAAAAGAUAUCCGAAUUGCCUAAAAAGCAAGGCACAAUGGCGAACUCAUCGAGUUCGUUAGCUUAUCAGCACUAUUUGGUGGCUAUUGUUAGCUGCUUCAUUUUCUUCCGUUUCAUGAGGUGUUACCGAGUACUAAUUUUCUAAAACGGAAAAAUUAGUUUGGUCCCCUAAAAUGGAAAUGUAAUCUCUUUUGUUAGUUCGUUCGAACUUAGUCGCGAACUUUCGUAACGAAUAAAGUAGUCAAUUUUCAAACCUGUCUA